UCCUACAGCUCCACAUAGAGAUAAGAGAGAGAGCACACCAGUCAAACUGACCUCAGCUGAACACUGCUUGUGCCCUUCUUCUGCAGAGACACCUGUGAGCCCAUCCAAUUCAAGAACUCACCUGUGGAGAAGCUGAAGUAAAGAUGGAGAAUCCCUCAGAGUCGCGGUGGGUCUCUCCCAGUUUGGUCAGUUCCGACCCGCUGGCCAGUUUUUCAGGCGAUUCAGGCCUUCUGCCAGCUGGAGAGGAAGAGGAGCCAUUCUACUCCUCAGAAACGGACUACAGUCUGCCAUCAUACUUUAACAGUGGGCAGAACCGAACUGCAUCCGCAUUCAGACACAGUCCAGUGCGACAGGUUUACACAUCUCCGUCGCUUCUAGGAAAUCUUCCGUGGCUGGACACUUCAGGAGGACAUAACAUGCUGACCUAUAGCAGUCCCUCCACGGCCUGGACAUCCAGCUCCUUCACCAAACCCCCCUUACACCCCCACACUCCCCCACCGCCAACACCUCUUUACCCGACCAGCCCCUCCCCUUUCCCCUCUCCUGGCCGAGACAGUAAGGACACCCUGAAAGCAGAGCGUCUGAGUCCAGUGGGUGGAGCUGGGGGAACCUUUCUGAAUCUGGGUUCAUCUGCUGGUGGUGUGUACUCUCCUCCUCACACACACUCCCACAUGCUGGGCCCCUACAGCUCCUACAUGCCCCCACCCCAAGAUUAUGGCUCUGCAGCCCUUUAUUCCACAGCAGGGGCCUGGAUCAACCCCCCAUCAUUUUCACCAAAAAUGAGGAAUAAAAUCAGACUCUCUCCUCCAGACGCUCGUGAGUGUGUGAACUGUGGAGCUACAGCCACGCCUCUGUGGAGGAGGGAUGGGACGGGGCAUUAUCUCUGUAAUGCCUGUGGCCUGUACCACAAAAUGAAUGGCCAAAACAGACCACUCAUCAGGCCCAAGAAAAGACUGAUUGUGAGUAAGCGUGCUGGGACGCAGUGCGCUAACUGCCAGACCAGCACCACCACACUGUGGAGACGCAAUGCUAAUGGGGAGCCAGUGUGUAACGCAUGUGGACUUUACUUUAAACUGCACAAUGUGAACAGGCCGCUGACCAUGAAGAAAGAUGGGAUACAGACACGAAACCGCAAAGUAUCCAGUAGGAACAAGAAGGGGAAGAAGAGCGGGGGGGCAGAGCUUUAUCCUGAGUUGGGCCCACCCAUGGUGCAGGAUGACUGUGUAGGGGCCUUUACGCUACCCCCGGGGCCCCUACUGUCCUACAGCACCCACACACAUCUGCCAUACACACACCACCCAAACCCUGGUAUGGUGUCGACACUGGUGUGAAAAUAGCUGCCUAAUGAACUCAAACAAAAUCAGCUUUUCUUCUGUUGUGCAUGACUAUGGAAUGGUAUGAUAUAAUAAACAGGCUGCCAACAUUUUAAGAAAAGAUCCAAAGACCUAUCUAGAAAUAAAUACAUACACACACACACGCACGCACACACACACACACACACACACACACACA